AGCCACCCUUCAUUCCACCGGUACAGGCAGGUGUAAGCUGUCCACGCGCGGGCGGGGCCACCGGCAUCCACUAACGGCAGUCCCACUCCACUCUCCGCGCGCUUCCGUCCGCGCUUCGGUCCAUCCAGCUACGGUCCUGCCUGCAUCCCCGCCGCCCGCCGGCUCGGAGCCUGAAACCCCCAGCUUAUCCUUCCUGAGACGUCGUUGCUCCAAGACCCAGACGAUUGUCGGGGGACAAGGUGACAGUCCUUAGAUCAUAUUCCAGAUUUGAUCAGCAGGAUGGGGUGCAAGGUGCUGUGCAACGUGGGUCAGCAGAUGCUGAGGCGGAAGGUGGUGGACUGCAGCCAUGAAGAGAGCCGGCUAUCCCGCUGCCUGAACACAUUUGACCUGGUGGCGCUGGGAGUGGGCAGCACACUGGGUGCUGGCGUGUACGUCCUGGCUGGAGCUGUGGCACGUGAGAACGCGGGCCCUGCCAUUGUCAUCUCCUUCCUGAUUGCUGCACUGGCCUCAGUGCUGGCUGGCCUUUGUUACGGCGAGUUCGGUGCUCGUGUCCCCAAGACCGGCUCGGCCUACCUCUACAGCUAUGUCACUGUUGGGGAGCUCUGGGCCUUCAUCACGGGGUGGAACCUCAUUCUCUCCUACAUCAUCGGUACUUCAAGCGUGGCCAGAGCCUGGAGUGCAACAUUUGAUGAGCUGAUUGGCAAACCCAUCGGGGGGUUCUCUCAGAAACACAUGGCUCUGAAACUCCCGGGAGUGCUGGCCGAAAACCCAGACAUCUUUGCUGUGAUUAUAAUCCUCAUCUUAACAGGACUUUUAACUCUUGGUGUGAAAGAAUCAGCCAUGGUCAACAAAAUAUUCACUUGUGUCAACGUUCUGGUCCUGGGCUUCAUCAUGGUGUCAGGAUUUGUGAAAGGAUCCCUUAAGAACUGGCAGCUCGUGGAGGAGGAUUUCCAGAACAUGACUGGUCACUUGUGCGGCAACGACACAAAGGCAGGGAAAUUCGGUUUCGGGGGUUUCAUGCCCUUCGGAUUCUCCGGUGUCCUAUCAGGAGCAGCGACCUGCUUUUACGCCUUUGUGGGCUUUGACUGCAUCGCCACCACAGGUGAAGAAGUCAAGAAUCCCCAGAAAGCCAUUCCUGUGGGCAUCGUCGCUUCCCUCCUGAUUUGCUUCAUCGCCUACUUCGGGGUGUCAGCUGCCCUCACACUCAUGAUGCCAUACUUGUGCCUGGACAAGGACAGCCCCCUGCCCGACGCCUUCAAGCACGUGGGAUGGGAAGGCGCCAAGUACGCAGUGGCUGUCGGCUCCCUCUGUGCUCUGUCUACCAGCCUUUUGGGUUCCAUGUUUCCCAUGCCUCGAGUUAUCUAUGCCAUGGCUGAAGAUGGACUGCUAUUUAAAUUUUUGGCUAAAAUCAACAAUAGGACCAAAACACCGAUAAUUGCCACGUUAACCUCAGGUGCCAUUGCUGCUGUGAUGGCCUUUCUCUUUGACCUGAAGGACUUGGUGGACCUCAUGUCUAUUGGCACUCUCCUGGCUUACUCUUUAGUGGCCGCCUGUGUGUUGGUCUUACGGUAUCAGCCAGAGCAACCUAACAUGGUAUACCAGAUGGCCAGAACUACUGAGGAGCUGGAUCAAGUAGACCAGAAUGAAUUGGUGAGCACCAGCGAUUCUCAGACUGGCUUUUUAGCAGAAGCAGAAAGGUUUUCUUUGAAAAGUAUACUUUCACCCAAAAACAUGGAGCCCUCCAGAAUCUCUGGGUUAAUUGUGAACAUUUCAACCAGCCUCAUAGCAAUUUUUAUCAUCACCUUCUGCAUCGUGGCUGUGCUGGGAAAGACGGCUCUCACAAAUGGGGAGUUGUGGGCAGUCUUUAUACUCGUUGGCUCUGCCAUCCUCUGCUUAGUGGUCACAGUCAUCAUCUGGAGACAGCCUGAGAGCAAGACCAAGCUCUCGUUUAAGGUGCCCUUCCUGCCGAUCCUUCCUGUCCUGAGCAUCUUUGUGAACGUCUAUCUCAUGAUGCAGCUGGACCAAGGCACGUGGGUCCGAUUUGCAGUGUGGAUGCUGAUAGGCUUUGCCAUCUACUUCGGCUAUGGACUGUGGCACAGUGAGGAGGCAUCCCUGGCCACUGGCCAAGCAAGGACUCCUGAUGGCAAUUUGGACCACUGCAAGUGACACACAGCCCUGUCUCCCAGAGGUGACAGCAGCCCUGAGGGAUGCCCAUGGAGGACUCAGAAGCACCUCGCUGUCUCCACAAAUGCAAUAGGACCCACCCACGACCACCAGGCCCCCGAGAAGUGAAGGUGCAGUACCUGGACUGUAGCCUCACCCCACGGCGUGGGGCCUGCCCAGUCUUGCUCUGCAGCAGGCUCAUCAGGCCCUGGUCACCUCUGACAGCUCCCUGGCCAGGGCCACUUGGCUCUGGCUGGCCACUGAGCCUCGUAACCUCCCUCUUCACAAAGAAAGAAGCUCCUCUCCUGCUGUGCUGCUGUAGAAUGGAGGUCACCAGGGCUCUGCUGCCAGGCACCAUUCUGGAGUCAAACAUGCACCUACCCCACACUUGUAGUAGCCAUCUCCCUGCUCAGCCCCAAACAGCUGGCCAUAGAUGCAAGAUGAGUACCACAAAAUAGCACAUCCCCACAGGUUCACCCCAGAGCUGAAGGCCAGCCGUUUACUCAACAAGGAAAACCAUGACUGGUUUCCUUCUCCUGCCCUGCCCUCCAAGUAGCUUCUGGAAGGGGCCUUAGGACUGUGACCCCUUCUCCACUUCCCCUCCAUGCAGGGACCCUGCUCUGCCUCCCUGACAGGCCCCAGCCCACUCCACCGCAGAAGCGCCACUAUGGGAACGAGGCGGGGGGUGCCAUCUCCACUGCGGGAUGUGUGUGCACGGGGGCCUCCAUCAGCCACGUGCCCCCCGGCACGGCCUGCUCAUGCUGCUCUGGCGUCUCACCGCUGGCUGUGUGUCCUGAGUAACUGGCACAUGACACUGUGUUCUUGUACGACCGGCCUCAGAUGAGCAGAGUUCAAAACGCCCUUGUCUGUGGGUCGCGACUGUUCGAAAAAUCCUGCCCUCUGAUGCUUUCGGGUCAGUGCCUGGGGUCUUAUGAAGUUCCCAGGACAGGUGUCUGCUUCUUCUGAGGUGACGGUGACCAGUCCUUCCAGCCACUUGUGGCCCCUACCGUGAUCUGUUUGACCCGUCUCCUAAGUGUGAUCAAAUUGAGCCCUCCUGUUAGUUUCUGUGAAUCACUCCAGCAAAUUCGUUGGUGCUUAACGUUAACUUGGAAAAUGGCCAAAUAAUUAAUUACUCGGUGCCAUUGGUAUGUUGUUGAGAGUGUGGCGCCCCCACGUGAGACAGUUGGGGCUGUAUGCUGUCCUUCUGGUGUAUUCAUCAUCUAGACACACAGGUUUGUGUAUGGGUUUGUAGCCCUGCCUCGACCCCACGCCUCCAUAAGUCUCUCUACACAGCACACUUCCCCACUCCCGCCCCUGCCCCUGCGGCCUUCCCAGUUGGAAGAAGCCAGAGGAGACAGGAAUGCUAGUCGAGUCCUCCAGUCGGGGUAUAAUUCAGGAGACAGAAGGUUCCGUGUUGAUGGGAGCUGAGGGAGACAAGUAUUUUGGAGUCCACAGAAAAUGUAAAGGCUGCUUUCAAAGCUUAGUUUCCCAUUUCUUCCCUGCCCCCCCCCCCCGCCCCCACUGCCCCAUCCCAGCCUUUGCACAACAGAUCUGUGCAAGUAGAAAGCAGCUUGGUAAAUUGACAACACUUUUCUUUACCCCAAAAGGUUCUUGGAGAAAAAUCUAAGAAUUUGUAAAAUAGCCAAUGGCUGGUCAGCCAGCGGAGGGCAGGCGGCAGGCAGCCCAGGGCUGAGCCACUGUGGUUCAGGCUGCAGGUGGGGGACCCCAAAAGUUCAAAGCUUCGUUUCCCAAAGAAACAUUUCAAUUUAUGUAGAUUGGUGCUGUAAACUAUUUUGAAAAAUACUAUUUUGUUUGGGUUGCCUGCUGUCUUCUUGGGGCCUGUUAGCUGUUUGCUCAAUUUGUCUGGUAUUUUUCCAGAUGAGCAAAAAACUGGAGGGAGAGUGUGUCUAAGAUUUUUUUUUAACUUUAAUUUCCCUUCUGGCUGAAAUUUCCACGCAAGACAGCGCCCAAAAGACUGUGAUUAUAGCUGAGCUUUUCUCUAACAAAGUCCAUUGUUCUGCACACUGAAAAAAGUGUGUUGCCCCCACACUGUCUCAUGGAUGAGGCCCCCCCAACAGGCACGUCUCCCCCUUCCUCAGCCCCGAGUCAGCACUGCAGACAGAGGACGUGUGGCUUAGUCUAAGGAAAAGCCUGCACCGUCCCACCAGAGCAGGGCCCCGAGGGUGACUCGGACACAGUGCGCAUGCCCCUGUUGCUGCGCAGUGCUCUGGUUGAGAGCCGCGUGUUGUCUGUGUCGGGGGGUGGGGGGGGGGGGCGCCUCUCCAUGUGAAUGCACUUCUUUUCACGCCCCUCACUACUGUCCCUGAAAUACACACGCAGGCAAAGCGGAACCCAGCAGAAGUGCCGCUACCCCCCACCAAACAAGAACAGGAUUGCAGUUUCGCGGCUCGGCCAGUAAUUUCCGACACAGUCAGAAAUUCCAUACGUCUAGAGACACAUCCUUUGGGGAUAUUGUGUCUACUCAUUUGUGCCCCAGCCCCAAAUGCUCAGGAUGGAAAGACCAUUGUGAUCAGUGAACGCCCCUUCCUGCCUCCGAAAUCCCGCAGGCAUGUUUUUAUGAUGUCACUCCCAAAAAUUCAAACUGGAACGCCAGGACCUCUGCUGCUGAGGGAACAUGAAGAGGGUCUCCGAGGAAAUAGCCCGGCUCCCGGGACCUUCCAAGAGGGGACCCUGGGCCGCCACACGUGCGCAGCCCCACCCGACCUGCUCACAUCCCCUCAGCUGGACUUUGGGCUGAAUUUGUUUUUCCAAACCAAGAAGCAGUGGUGGAGCCAUCUUUUCCAGGCUGUUUUGGAAAGCCAGCUAAAUUUAGGCUGCAGGCAGAACUCCUUCCGUCUCCCCGACCUUUGGUUUUGUUCCAUUGACUCUAUCAGGCAACCAGCCGCCUGGCCCCAUGUGCUGCUGUGUCAUUUGGGCACCACAGGCUGCCUCCCCAGGCCCAACACACUCCUCUCUGCACCGGUGUCAUGGCGUGGAUUCACACCUGGAUGAGGCGUCUGGUCCUGCUUGAUUCUUGGCCACUGCAUUGGCUGUGUGUAGGGGUGGGAAGGUGGAUUCGGCCAGGUCUCCUCCCCUCCACCCCCACCACUAAGCAGACAUUCUGAAUCGAGUGAGUUUUGCUGCCCCAAAUAGGAUACCUAACAAUGGGGGACACUGAGGUCAGGGUGAAAGGCUGGGUUUCUUGGGUGUGGGCUCGCCUCACAGGGGCCCUACUCACAUGGUAGGUGAGCUCACUGGCGUUUCAGGCACCUCCACCUGGCUCUGUACCAGGACCUGUCUUUUCCGAUUUGAAGGCCCCACUAACACACAUGUAACAAGGGCCAUCCUGGUGACAGGCCUCAGGACAGCUCUCUUCCAGGGUGGACAGAGAGGUGUGUUUGUGGGUGUGUCCUCACUGCUGGGCGUGGUGUGCGAUGCUUGUGCAGAACUGUUAGUUCUCUUUUGGUGAAACUAAAUAUAUGGUAUGUAUAAUUGUUACAUAUAAUUUAAAAUGUAUGUGUUUGCCAUCAUAAUGAGAGUAUUGUAUGUAACGCAAGUAAGAUGUACAUUUUGUCAGACUCUCAUGGACUUUCUUUUGAUAAUGAAGUGCUUUAUUGAUCCAGUGGUGUCAGAAACUACACUCUGUUCUCCAUCAUCAUCAACAUGAUGCCUGAUGGGGGGUUUAGGUCAAAAAAAUGUAGACUAACUUUUAUCUUCAUCACUAUAACCCAGAGUCUUUGUGCCCAUUGCUCUGUUGAGGUUGCGCUCUCUUUCAGUGGGACGGGGACUGGCCAAGGGUCUCAGGGUGCAGUUCUCAAGGAGCCAUCCUGGAUCAUUCUCUGCAUAUUGAACUGCUGGCUGGAAGACCCACAGGAGAUGGACGACCUUGGCCGUAAAGCCCAGGGUAUUUUCUCAGGGUGUGAGAGUGUCCAGCAGGCUCGGGAAGCAGGGCUCAGAAGACGCACUCAGACUUUGUUAAUUUAUUAACAAGGUAUAUGAUCUUGUGUUUCUUGAUGACAAACUUUUUAAUUUGGGGACUUAUUUUCCCAUUUGAGAAGUUAUAAUAUAUAUAUUUAAAAUAAGUUUCCUGCUUAAGUUGUGCCUUUCAGCAUCAGUGGGUGUGAGGAGCACCAAGGGGGGUGAUCCUCGGGAGGGUUGGUGUAUUACCAAUCCUGAAGAGCUGUAGUUUCUUGGGUAAAUUUUUUCUUCUACUGAACAUGGAGCCAUUGUUAAACACGUUCUGUUUUUAUUAUGUAAAUUGUAAAAUAUUUUUUGCUUGUUUGAUGCUCUAUUUUUCUAAUAGUUUUCUUAUAGUUUCUUACAAUUGUGAUACUAGAUUUAGAUUUUGACACUAACUGCAAAUCAAGUUGGUCUCUGCUGUUCUCUCCUGUUUUUAUUUUAAGAAAAACAUAGAUGUUGUCCAUCGCCUUUAAAAAAUGUGGAACUCCCAUUGUUGCUGAUAACACAGUAUGUCAACAACUGCCCACUGUACUUUAUGUCAUACAACCAAACUAUUUCGUGGUACAUAACGUCAUGCUUCUGCAAAUUCUAAUAAAUUCUGUCUGUGGCUUCA